AUGGUGAGCUCCCUGCAAAUGUUUCCGUUCAAGAGGUAUGUUGAGAUCGGAAGGGUGGUCCUCGUCAACUACGGCAAGGACUAUGGCAAGCUUGUCGUCAUUGUUGACGUUAUCGAUCAAAACAGGGCUCUUGUUGAUGCCCCUGACAUGGUAAGGAGCCAAAUGAACUUCAAGAGGCUUUCUCUAACAGACAUUAAAAUUGACAUAAAAAGGGUUCCCAAGAAGAAGACUCUUAUAGCUGCUAUGGAGGCUGCUGAUGUCAAGGCAAGAUGGGAAAAGAGUUCCUGGGGAAAGAAGCUUAUUGUUCAAAAGAGAAGGGCCGCACUCAAUGAUUUUGAUCGCUUCAAACUGAUGCUGGCAAAGAUCAAGAGGGCUGGUGUUGUUCGGCAAGAGCUUGCCAAGCUAAAGAAAGGAACUGCCGCUUGAGUGGUAUAGUUUAUGGUUAUUUUGGAUGUUGACUUAGAUUUUGAAUCUUGUAUCUUUUGUUUUUUUUAAUGCAAAACUAGUUCCUGAAUUUACUACAGAAGGAAGGUCGUUGAAUUUUGGAUAUUGCACUGUUUUUACUUGUUUUGAAAUUGUUUCUUGAUCUCCAUUGGUGAUGUGUCUGGAUCAGAAAGCCGUGUAAAAGUCGGGCUUGCCAUAUUUGAUUUUCUUGGUUAUCUAUUUCUCCUUGUUUGCAAUGACGACCUAAAACUAACAAGUUAGAUGGGAAUCAACAUAAUUAUCUCUGCAAUUCUUAUGACCAAA